CGACAGACGUCCUAGUGGCCGGUACAAAGCGGUACGGGACGCCACGGAGGACCUGGUGCUUAAUUACGCUUUUUUGGGGCUUAUUCUAGGUGCGUUUUCCUCGUAGCUUUGUUCCUGGCUUUUUACUGUGUGCAGAGAUUCAAGGGAUUUUUGUGUUCCAAACGGGUUACCGUGAAUCUGAUUGCGUCUCCAGAUACUCCAGUUUCGGACCUGGAUUCGACUUAUCAUGGCUUCCGGCCCCACCCUGCUGAUGCGGUUGGUAGCCUCGGCGUACUCUAUUGCUCAAAAGGCAGGAACAAUAGUCAGAUGCGUCAUGGCUGAGGGAGACCUGGGCAUCGUGGAGAAGACUUGUGCCACGGACCUGCAGACCAGAGCGGACCGGCUGGCACAGCUGAGCAUCUGCUCGUCACUGGCCCGGAAAUUCCCCAAACUGACCAUCAUAGGGGAGGAGGACCUGCCGUGUGAGGACGUGGACCAAGAGCUGAUUGAGGACGGUCAGUGGGAAGAAAUACUCAGGCAGCCCUGCCCGUCGCAGUACAGCAGCAUCAAAGAGGAAGACCUUGUGGUCUGGGUUGAUCCCCUGGAUGGUACCAAGGAGUACACUGAAGGUCUUCUUGACAAUGUUACUGUUCUCAUUGGAAUUGCUUAUGAAGGGAAAGCCAUCGCAGGCGUUAUUAACCAGCCGUAUUACAACUACCAGAACAAUGAAAAGCAGAAGUUAAGGGAACACAGGCACGAAGUGCAGGCAGGACCAGACGCUGUGCUGGGAAGGACCAUCUGGGGCAUUUUAGGUCUAGGUGCCUUUGGGUUUCAGCUGAAAGAAGUGCCUGCCGGGAAGCACAUUGUCACCACCACCAGGUCCCACAGCAACAAGCUGGUCACAGAGUGUGUCGCCGCCAUGAGCCCUGACCACGUGCUGCGCGUGGGCGGCGCUGGAAAUAAGAUUAUUCAGCUGAUUGAAGGCAAAGCCUCUGCUUAUGUUUUUGCAAGUCCUGGAUGUAAGAAGUGGGAUACUUGUGCUCCGGAAGUUAUUUUACAUGCCGUGGGAGGCAAGUUAACCGAUAUCCAUGGGAACGCCCUUUGGUAUAACAAGGAAGUGAAGCACAUGAACUCCGCCGGGGUCCUGGCCACUCUGAGGAACCACGACUACUAUGCAAGUCGAGUUCCCGAGUCUGUUAGAAACGCACUUGUUCCCUAGAGGAACGUCGCAUUUACUCAGCUGGAGAAGGACAGCUGCAGGAACUGGAAAUGCGCGGAGAUGUUCCUGAGGUCUCAGCCCCAUAUCCAGAAAUCACUGCAGUUGGUCCCGACACUAAGGAGAUGCUGAAGCCCUUGGACUUUUGGCAGUCGGCCCAACCUGUAGUUGGGAUAAAUUUCAAAACACCACAUGGAGCCAUUUGAAUCUUUUUCCUGUGGUAUGAUAUUAUCAAUAAACCUCGGGCAACCUAAAAAAUUGCACUCAUUCUUCAAGGGAACAUCCCAUUUACUUAGCCAGGAGAAUGACUUGGUUCUCAAAAUAAUACAGUUUAAAACUAAGUGGAUGGCAUUAGAGCUCCCCAUCUAUUCCCUGUUGAUCACUAAUUUAUCUUCAGGUGCUUAGUAGAAUAUAGAUCUUAAAAAUGUUGUGAUUAAUUAACCAGACUGAUUUUGAUGUCCGGGUAAUCUAUAAAGUCUGACACAUUUCUUUCCCUCCUUUUAUUUGAAGAAAUGAAACAAAGGUUUAGUUCCAACUGACUGUCCCAGUCAAUUGUUUAAUCAACAUUCCUAUUGUAUAAACCAGAUUUUUUUUUUAAACCAGAUUUCUUUAGGAUACAGAAGCACAAGUUAUUAAUCACAUCCUUGUUUUCAAGUAAUUUUUAAAGUUUUCAAGUUUUGAAUACACUGAAAUGUCAUUAUGUAUGUUGAUGAAACAGAUUUAUGGAAAAAGCUUCUUUAUAAUAAAUUAUUUCAUUCUAGCUGG